AAAAAAGGGAAAAAUCGUUGGAAGCAAAACUAUUCCAACACGUCUCAGCAAAUUAAUCUAAUCACCCUCUUAAAACCGUGCGCAUUCCUUCGUUGACCGAGUUAAGGACUGUUUCUCUCCCGUAGGAGGAAGUCCCCAGCCUCUCUUGUUGUGCGUACCUUGACGAGACCUGCACACCUUACUUUGCUUGCAUCCACCUGCCUCUCGAAACCAUCAUAAUAUCCAUGCUCUGCAACUUCUACCUAGCUUUAAAGUGGGCAUGUUGGGGACUCUAGUAUUGUCAAGUCUGAGGUUAUAGAAUUGGGAAAAGAUCACAGCUCCCCACAUUGUCACUGAUGUGUAACUCAAGUAAAAUGAUGAGGUCCAUGGAUGCUGGCACAGUACCUGAAUGAGACAAGCACGAUUCUUAACUCAUAAUGAAAAUCUGCGGUGGGUUCCUAUAGAUCUUUACUUGGUGGCUGAUGGAUUAGCUAGAAGAAGCAUGCGAAAGAUCUUUUUGCUGAGUUUUGAUUUAUAUACAAACUUUGUCGUGAUAUAGAAAGGCUUUUUGGUGGUGUAGCAUAUAGUAAUGACUUGUUUUGCCUUUCUAUUUGGAAAAAAGGGAGCUUCUUCAUCCAGACAACCUGUGGAAGUCAGUGAAGAGGCUUCAAGCAUCAACAAUGUUUACCUGUUCACAUACAGAGAACUGAAAAAUGCCACUGAUGAUUUUAGUCCAGUGAAUAAAAUUGGCGAGGGGGGUUUUGGUUCUGUAUACAAGGGAAAACUUAGGGAUGGUCGAAUUGCAGCUAUAAAGGUUCUCUCAGAAGAGUCAAGGCAAGGAGCACAGGAGUUCUUGACAGAAAUAAAUGUGAUCUCUGAUAUAGAGCAUGAAAACCUUGUUAAGUUGUAUGGUUGCUGUAUAGAAGGAAAUCACAGAAUUUUGGUGUAUAACUACCUUGAGAACAAUAGUCUUGCACAGACUCUACUUGGUGGAGGUCAUAGUAGCAUCCAGUUUAGUUGGAGAACACGGUAUAAAAUUUGCACUGGCAUUGCAUGUGGACUUGCAUUCCUGCAUGAGGAGGUCAUGCCACACAUUGUUCAUAGAGAUAUAAAAGCAAGUAAUAUCCUCCUUGAUAAAGACCUCAACCCCAAAAUUUCAGAUUUUGGCCUUGCAAAACUUAUCCCACCCAGCAUGACUCAUGUCAGUACACGCGUUGCUGGAACAAUAGGUUAUUUGGCACCUGAGUAUGCGAUACGAGGACAAUUGACACGCAAGGCAGAUAUAUAUAGCUUUGGUGUUCUCCUCAUGGAAAUAGUCAGUGGGAGAUGCAACAAAAACACACGGUUACCCCUUGAAGAACAAUAUCUUCUUGAAAGGGUGUGGGUAAUGCAUGAAAGGAGAGAGCUGGAGCAGCUAGUGGACACAGCGUUGAGUGAUGACUUUGAUGUUGAGGAAGCUUGUAAGUUCUUGAAGAUUGGCCUUCUGUGCACUCAAGACAUGCCAAAACUCCGGCCAUCCAUGUCAACCGUGGUGAAGAUGAUGACAGGAGAAAUAGAUGUGGAUGACAAAAUUAUUACGAAGCCGGGCCUGAUCUCUGAUUUAAUGGAUCUCAAAGUUAAAAAUGGCCAGAAACAGAAUAACAAAAAUACAUCAACCUAUGGUUCCUUUGGUUCAGACAAGCAAAAUAGCUCUUUCUUGUCAUCAGGAAACACCACAAACACAAAUGCCACCAUGACCUUCACGGCCAUAGAUGACCGGAGCAAUUGAGAAAAGUAAUCUGAUGAAAACAGCUGUAUCGUAUUAUUUUAUUUCAUUUGUUUGUAAGGCUCUUUCUUAUGUAAAUUUUUGUAACCAUUAUUUUCUUUUUGAUUUUUUUUUUUUUUUUGUUCUUUCACAAGGAUUUUUGGCAUGUCAGAAAUGUUUUAGGGGGUUCAAGGAUGAAUGUUAUCUCAUAAUUUGACUUUUUCAUUGUUA